AUGUCGAGCUUCCUCAUUCUUCUGCUAGUAUGUCGCUUCCUGACGUCAACUCGUGGAUUUAUCGUACCCAACCAAAGACAUGGCAGACAACGCGACAUCGAUAUUGGGAAAAGAGGGAAUCAGGCUUACUUCAAUCCUGACAGUUACAUACUUUCAAGUGAUUUCGAAAUUACCAAUGUGCCCAGGACGAGGGAAUACUGGUUUGAUAUUGACACGACAAAUGCCAAUCCCGAUGGUUACACCCGUCGAAUUUACACUGUGAAUGGACAAUUCCCAGGGCCGUUGAUCGAGGUCAAUCAAGGUGAUACUUUGGUCGUGCAUGUUCAAAAUAAUCUCGGAACACCUCAAGCUAUACAUUGGCACGGAUUAACUCAGAAUGGGACUAGCUACAUGGACGGAGUUCCAGGAAUGACUCAAUGUCCCAUCCCACCUGGGGGAAGCUUUACCUACGAGUUUCCAGUCACCAAUCAAGGCGGUACAUAUUGGUGGCACUCGCAUUACAGUAAUGAUCUUCAAGAGGGUAUAUACGGACCGUUAAUUGUCCAUGAUACACAAGAGCCACUUAAAAGGGGACAAGAUUACGAUGAAGAUAGGAUUGUGCUAGUAGGUGACUGGUGGCAUGACCGAGCUGAAGUCAUUGUAAAUGGUUUGAUCUCGUCAGCAGGAUAUAGAGGGACUGUCGCCUCUCCUGAGCCCGAUACAAUUUUGAUCAACGGAAUUGGAGAAGCCAACUGUUCGAGUGUCCUCUAUCCCAGUGGUGCAUCAUGCGAUCCGCCAGCCCGACCUGAAAUACCCCUCCCAACCGACAAAAGGGUCCGACUCAGAUUUAUCAAUACAGCUUCCCAUUCGCAUCUCAGAGUAUCAAUAGAUGGCCACGAGCUCGAGGUAGUGGAAGCUGACUCUACGGCGGUGUGGGGACCUACCAUCCAUGAAUUGCCGAUUUCGGAGGCACAGAGAUACUCUGUGAUCAUCGACACGAAUAAGGGGAAGGCAGGUGACAAAUUUUGGUUGAGAGUCAAUCAAGCUACUGUCUGUCAGGCUACGGCUUCCCCACAGUGGGCUCUGGGGGUCAUCACGUAUUCCGAUGAGCAAGGUCAAGCGGGAACGGGAGGGAACAACGGAACAUGGCCAAAUACCAAGUCUUGGCCUGAUCUAGGAGGAUCCGACCAACCUUGUCGGGAUCUUGAUGAAGACUAUUCUCUAUACCCUCGAAUAGCUAAAGAUGCUUAUGAAAAGACGAUCUUUACACAUUCCUUCUCGAGUCAAUUCGGUGUAUGGACUCUAUUCAACGGGCAACAGCUCACUGGAUUCGCGGUCAACAACGUCUCCUCGCAGAAUAUCAUUAAUGACCCAAUUCUAGAGAUUGUAGAGCGAGAAGGUACUUUCGAUCGACCUUACGUCUCCACCGUGAUGGUCUGGGAGGACGGGUAUAUGGAUACCGUGAUCAACAACUUAGAUCCCAUAGAUCACCCAUUUCAUAUACACGGUAACGAUUUCCAGGUUGUCAAACGGGGUGCUGGGAAUGUCACCGCAGAACAGGUCAAAGGGAUGAAUAUCAGAGUGUCCAAUCCCCUCAGAAGGGAUACACUUUGGAUCCCUGGAUUGUCUUACGCUGUAUUGAGGAUUAGAACGGAUAAUCCGGGGGUAUGGACGCUGCAUUGCCAUAUUGGAUGGCAUCUCGCCCAAGGUAAACUUGGCGCUCUCAUAGUGAGACCUCAAGAUAUACAGAACAAUGCUGCUCGUCCAAGUAGCUGGAGUAAUCUCUGUGCUGGCCAAGACAGGAACGCUAUUGGACCUAACAAACGAACGGUCGUUUCCCCACUUUUUCCCUUUUGA